GUUUACGGAGGCUAGAAAAAUCACGGUGGUGGCGGUGAGGUAUAGCUUGCCACCUGCCACCAGAGAGUAGGUAUCCGGCUGCGUUUUCGAUGAUGGGGCUAAAGUAUCGAAUUGGUUUUGCGGAUUGACGUUUACAGCCAUCUUUGGCUGCUCAUGCAGAUUCAUCCAGUGCACCACUACUCACCAGCUUUGCAUCGCUAUAUUCACCUCAGAAGUGACGGGAUCAAAGAAAGAGGAAUGAAAAGAUCGGCCUAAACACAGGUUCAGAAUUUUGGAUGCGUACUUCUUCUUUGACGCCAAGGUGCCAAAACCAAAGAGACAUUGCAUUGGCCGAUUCAACGUUGGUACUCCAAUAAUUUCUUUAUCCUCAACACCUCCAGAACACAAUGGUCAAUUAUACUCACAGGUGCUCUUAGAUUUGUGCUCUUGAGCUACUGAGGAUACUGAACACACUUUUUCUACAUAUACUGAAGAAACACCAGGGAAACAUCUCUAUUAAGAGCUUGGCUACAAAAACAAGACGAAUAUGAAGUUGCUGGAGUUUAUUGAGGGCGUCUUGGAUGGGUUUUGUUUGUUUCACAUCUAUUUUUUGGUGCAACCUCUUUAAUUAGUAUCUGGAUGUCGAUGAUUAUCACAUGGCUAAUAUGAAGAAACAAGCUUGCUCAUUAUGUUCACAUUGCUCCAGUUGGAUAUUAUGGAAGAGCUAUUGAUAUCAGCCUGCAGCUUUUUGCUUGGAAAAGUUAGUUCUCUAUAGCUUGGUUGUGCUGGUGUCGUCAACUGCAUUGAUCACUAAAUGUGGCAAUACAAGAGGGUGGUGAUAUCCCCUUUGAAAGUACCAUGGCUCCAGUCAGAUUCCGUGGCAUGAAAAUCAGUGAUCUAACACUGGAGUUAAUUGACCUAAGCUUGGAAUCAUCGAAGCUCGACAAAUUCCAGGCGCAGGAUCAACCGCCGAGCAAAUUCGUUUUUAUCUCAUACGUCCGUACAUCAAAGUGUACAUGGGAGACGCGCGGGUGGUUCGAACCGAGCGUGUACAAGCCCACUCUCAAAGCCCUUUGUAUUGGAACGAACAUUUCCAGCUCGUUGUAGCUUACCCUGUUGACCAGGUCAAAUUUGCUCUUGUGGAUACCCACAUCUCGAAAACGGAACUUGCUGCGUUUGUUCCGGCAAGCAGAAUUGCCACGGGCGAACUCAUAGAUGAGUGGUUCCCGGUGGUAGGGAGACAUGGCCCUCAUACUGCGAUCAGACUUCAAAUAAAAUUCACUCCAUGUGACGAGAAUCCUGUCUACCAGAAUGGAAUCUCGGAAGAUUAUGCUUUAGGGCAGAGUUAUUUUCCGAUGCGGCAUGGCGGGAAUUUAAAACUGUAUCAAGACGCACACGUGGUCGAUGGAAUGCUGCCUGAAAUACGACUGGAAGACGGAAGAAACUUUGAGCACCAAAAGUGUUGGGAGGACAUCUGCCAUCUAAUAAUGGAGGCACGACAUCUGGUAUACAUAACCGGGUGGUCGAUAUUCCACCAGGUAAGGCUUGUGAGAGAGUCUACUAGACCAUUGCCGAUUCCUGGGGACUUCAAUCUAGGGGAGCUGCUGAAGCACAAGGCUCAACAGGGAGUCAGAGUCGUGCUCCUAAUAUGGGACGACAAAACUUCAAACGACAUGUUCUUUUUCAAAACUCCCGGAAUGAUGCAAACCCAUGACGAGGAAACUCGAAAGUUUUUCAAGCACUCGUCUGUUACGUGCGUUUUGGCUCCUCGUUACAAAUUAACCAAUUUCAUACCACAGGUAGGUCGGAUUUUUUAUACUCAACAUCAAAAAUCCGUGAUCGUUGACACCAAAGGCAUUUCUGAAAAUAGCCGAAAAAUAACCGCUUUUAUUGGCGGCCUGGAUCUCUGUGAUGGAAGAUACGAUACGCCAACUCAUCGGCUAUAUUCUGAUCUCGACACAGUGUUCAAGGACGACUACCAUAAUCCAUCAUUUGAUAAAAAACAAACGGGGCCAAGACAGCCAUGGCACGAUUUGCACUGUCAAAUCGAAGGCCCCGCGGCGUAUGACGUGUUAAAAAACUUUGAACAACGAUGGGACAGCGUGACUGAAUGUUCCAAUCUCACAAAGCUUUAUGAAAGAGUAUUUGGUCGACAUGAUUAUGAUUUGGUGAACAUUGAAAAUAUCUCAGAGAUAAAUAGCCCUUCCAAAAGUAUUCCCACUGACCACCCUUCGCUGUGGGUUUCAGAUGAAGAUGAUGCGGAAAAGUGGCAUAUCCAGGUUUUCCGGUCCGUUGAUUCAAAUUCAGCCGAAGGGUUCCCUCAAGAUUUCCAUACAGCACAGGAACAAAAUCUUGUAUAUGAAAAGAAUUUGGUGAUAGAUAAGAGCAUCCAGAUGGCAUAUAUCGAAGCAAUACGAUCGGCUCAGCGCUUUAUAUUUAUCGAGAAUCAGUACUUCAUUGGAGCGUCGUUUGCUUGGCCCGAUUAUGAAAAAGCAGGUGCUCACAAUUUAAUCCCAAUGGAAUUGGCAUUAAAAGUUGUUAGUAAAAUAAGGGCUAAGGAAAGAUUCACUGUGUAUAUUAUCAUCCCUAUGUGGCCUGAGGGUGUUCCUAAGUCUUCAAGUGUACAAGAAAUCCUUUAUUGGCAGGGGCAAACGAUGAAGUUGAUGUAUGGGAUUAUCGCUAAAGAGCUCAAGUCUGCUAAUCUUGAGAACGCGCAUCCAUGCGAUUAUCUUAAUUUUUAUUGCCUGGGCAAUCGAGAGGAAAACGAUAGGGAACAACUACCCAGUGAUUCGGCUUCACAGAGACAUGGAAGAUUUAUGAUAUACGUGCACUCGAAGGGCAUGAUCGUCGAUGAUGAUUAUAUCAUCAUCGGUUCAGCCAACAUUAAUGAACGUUCCAUGGCAGGCUCAAGAGACACGGAGAUAGCGAUGGGGGGUUAUCAACCCCAUCACACAUGGGCCAAGAAGAAAGGGCAUCCUCAUGGCCAGGUAUACGGAUACAGGUUGUCCCUCUGGGCCGAGCACAUGGGGGAGGUCAAUAAUUUAUUCAAUUAUCCCGAGAGCUUAGAGUGUGUCAAAUAUGUAAACAACAUUGCUGAAGAAAAUUGGAAUAAAUACGUAGCAGAGGACUAUAGUCAGUUGCAAGGGCAUCUUAUCAAAUACCCUUUGCAAAUUGACUAUAGUGGAGAUGUAAAGCCAUUGCCCGGGUAUGAAAGUUUUCCCGAUUUUAUCGGUGAUGUGAUGGGGUCAAAGACCUCUCUGCCUGUUGCAACAACUACUUAGAAGUACUCUAAUUUCAUGUCAUCUAUAUUUAAAUUGUAUAAUUGCGAUAUUGGAACGAUGUUUAUCGGCCAAAAUUUGAUGUUCUUGAUUACUUAUUUAUUCUUAAUUAUGUACUUGAUUGGAUCAAUCAUAUGAAAAACUCUUGUGAUGCUGGGAUGUUUGAAAAAUGCAUUUUAGUAUGUUGGGCUUUAUGGCAUUUAUGAAA